GCGACACUAUCGUUAUUGGGGCAAUAAACAUAUGCAAGCAGAUGAUUUCUAAAUUUCUAAUAUUAAUUGUUGCAACGUAGCGAAAAGCUCGCUAUGGAUCGACUCUAUUGAUACCAGUGAUAAGCACACACAUUCAAGCAGUUAUUCCAUGGCGAUGUCGCUGAUAAGUCGGCGACACUGAACGGUUUCCAAUCGACAAGGGAAUUCACAGCCACUGCCAAACCAUAAAAGACAACACACAACAUAUAGAUAACAAUUAACGGGCUAAAACGAUAACAAGGCUAAAAGGGCAAAGAAUACUUUUGGCCAACUUGAGGCAUGGAUUUGUUGCAGCGUGCAUUGUUUACCGCCUUUAGUGCACUGACGAUCUUCUUGGCGCUGGUUAAACUCAGUCUGGGCUAUUGGAAACGUCGUGGAAUUCUGCACGAGAAGCCGAAAUUCCUCUGGGGCAACAUCAAAGGCGUUGUGGGUGGCAAGCGUCAUCUGCAGGAGGCACUGCAGUCCAUCUAUGAAAGCUACAAGGGACGUGCUCCAUUCAUUGGUUGCUAUGCGCUGAUUAAACCCUUCAUAAUGGUGCUGGAUCUGGAGCUGGUGCGUCAGAUACUCGUCAGCGAUGCGGGCUAUUUCACCAGCCGUGGUCUCUAUCACAAUGUGAGCGAUGAGCCGCUGUCGGAGAAUCUGUUGCAGUUGGAUGGCCACAAGUGGCGUAAGAUUCAUGCCAAGAUUGUGACUGUGUUCACGUCCAGCAACCUGCAGAAGCUGCUGCCACGUUUGCUGCACGUCUCCGGCAGCUUUCAGAGCCGGAUCGGGCAGAAGAAGCUGCAGAAUCUGAAUGUUAGCCAACUGGUGGAUAGCUACAACAUUGAGGUGAUUGCCUCACUGGCCUAUGGCCUCAACGGCGAGCAGUCCGAGUUCCGCGAGAUGUCGCACAGUUACUGGAGCAACUUUAGUCUGUGGCGUGCCUAUUUGGCCCUGGAAUUUCCACUGCUGGCUCGUCUGUUGCAGCACAAGAGCUAUGACCAGCUGGCCACGGAUUACUUCUACAAUCUCGUGCAGGCACAGCUCUAUCAGCAGCGUCAGAGAGAUCGACAGCCCUUGCAGAACUUUCUGCAGCUAUUUGCCGCCACGGAUGAAGCGUUGAGUGACGCACAGAUCGCAGCACAGGCCUUUGGAUUCAUUCUGUCGGGAUUGGCGCCCUUGAAUGCCACCUUGGGCUACUGUCUGUAUGAGCUUGCACUGCAUCCGGAGCUGCAGGAGCGCGUCAGAGCAGAGAUUCAACAGACGCUGCAGCAACAUCGUGGAAUAGUAACGACAGAAUGCUUAAAGGAACUAAAGUACACGAAGCAAGUAUUAAAUGAAACGCUUCGUCUGCACACACCGUAUCCCUUCCUGCUGCGACGCGCCACCAAGGAAUUCGAGUUGGUCAAGUCGAUAUUUGUGAUUGCCAGAGGCAACAAUGUUAUCAUCCCAACGGCAGCAAUUCACCGUGAUCCGGACAUCUAUCCGGAUCCUCUGCGCUUUGAUCCCGAUCGCUUUGAGGCUGCAGCUGUGCAAAAGCGUCCUCCAAUGUCCUUUCUGCCAUUUGGCGAAGGACUUCGCGGUUGCAUCGCCAUGCAGCUGGCGGAGCAACAGCUUCUGGUUGGCCUGGUGGCAUUGUUGCAGCAUCAUAGAUAUGCACCUUGUGCCGAGACACAGAUUCCCCUACAGUAUGACAAUGGGAAGCUUUUACUGAUGCCAAAAACGGACAUUCAACUGAGCGUUGAGUGUGUGAAAAGCUAGAGAAGAUUGUCUCAUUUGUUUAUACAUAUAUGUUUUCUUUGAUGUUUUUGUGUUUUUAUAUUUGUGUAUGCACUCCGGUUAUUUUAUAAGGCGUAGGCUUGUGUGAUAAUGCUGACAGAUACCUUCAAUUCUUAGCUGUAAGUUUGUGGUUAAAAGACCUGCACCAGAAACAAACGAAUGAACAAAUAAUAAAUACCUAAUUGUUAUA